AUGUCGAAGAAUGGCGAAGUGCCGUCAAAUCAAGGACCUAGUAGACCUUCUAUGCCGAAACCAGAUUUAAAUCUAUUUCCCACCGAAAAACGUAAAAUUUUAAACCUUCAAAUUGGAGGGCCAUCUAAUGAGAACGCUGCUUUUAUGCCAUUUACCUCCACGACAGCUCAAAGAACGCGGAUGCCGUCAAGAACCAUCAGGGAUGUGCUUCCUGAAACUGCAAGAGAUAGGUGUAGGAUAUACCCUUCAAUGCAAUCAUCAGGUAAGCUUCAAUUAUCUGCAACAGAAGUGUAUGACUUCACUUCUGAUGAUCUUCAGGACCUUGGUGAAAUUGGUAGAGGGGCAUUUGGGGCAGUUAACAAAAUGGUACACAGAAAGUCAAAUAAAGUGAUGGCUGUAAAGAGAAUUCGCUCAACUGUUGAUGAAAAAGAACAAAAGCAGUUGUUAAUGGAUCUUGAAGUUGUUAUGAAGAGUAAUGAGUGUCCCUGUAUUGUACAGUUCUAUGGGGCACUUUUUAAGGAAGGUGAUUGUUGGAUUUGUAUGGAAUUAAUGGACACCUCUUUAGAUAAAUUUUACAAGUUUAUCUGUGAAAGAAUGCAAACACGUAUACCUGAAACUAUAUUGGCAAAAAUAACACUGGCCACAGUGAAAGCAUUAAAUUAUUUAAAAGAAAAAUUAAAAAUUAUUCACAGGGAUGUCAAACCAUCGAACAUUCUAUUAGAUAGAAGGGGCAAUAUAAAAUUGUGUGACUUUGGAAUAUCUGGUAAAUUGGUGGAUUCAAUUGCGCGAACUCGCGAUGCUGGAUGUAGGCCUUAUAUGGCACCUGAAAGAAUAGAUCCGGGCCGAGCACGCGGAUAUGAUGUCAGGUCAGACGUAUGGUCACUGGGAAUCACCUUGAUGGAGGUGGCAACAGGUGCAUUUCCAUAUCCAAGAUGGGGAUCUGUGUUUGAACAACUCCAACAAGUUGUGCAGGGAGAUCCACCACGUCUCACAAAUAAAAACAACUCAUUUUCAAAUAACUUCAUCAACUUUGUUAAUACUUGUUUAAUAAAGGAAGAAACGCAGAGACCAAAAUAUAACCGUUUAUUGGAACACCAGUUUAUUAAGGGUAUUGAUCAGAGUCGGGCAGAUGUAGCUGCAUAUGUGUGUGAAAUUCUUGAUGCAAUGGAAAGAAAUGGAGUAAGCCCCUUCACAACUGAUCAACCAGCCCAAGCAUGGGUUGAAUAA